AUGUGCGGCCCAUGGAGUCACGGAAAAACUAUUGCACGACGCGGCUCACAGCUGGCCAGUCAUAUGGAGACAGUGUCUACCUUUUUCUCUCCAGCCGCAAAAGUGAAGCUCGCCGGUCAUAUUGUAGCAUCGUGGUCCCUUGCCUCACGGCGGCCACUCUUAUCGUCUCCGACAAUGUCUUCUUCACGGCCGUCAACUAUCUCGGGCUCGGAUAUACCUAUGACGGACUUCUCGGCGGGCUCGGGUGACACAUUGAACUCCAGUAAUCUACGCGACAACGUUCGUUCCAUCAGUAGGCCCAACGCACAACCCAUCAGCAGUAGCAAUGGCAGUCAUCUUCGCUCCACGUACGGGAUGCAACCAAGCGAUACGACAUCCGGUCAGCCCGACAUGGAGAUGCAUUCGCGGGAUGAGACGAUCGGACAUAUGUCGAGCGUUCUUGCUGGUCCUCCCUCUUUGCCGCCAUCGCACAUUCUUGAGAUGUCGAAUCCUUUCAUGGUGCCACGCAAGACUGAGAAGGCCAUGAUAUUGUAUCCACACCCACCGUACUAUAUCCCAGCCUUCAAUACGCGAGAGUUUCCUCACGUGAUGUUUCCGACCGGCCAGGACGAUCCGGACAGCUCAAAGAAGUACUGCGACCCGGAGCGUGGCAAUUGGAAGGUAGCGAAGCAUCCCGAUGGCACCCUUUACUAUCACAAAGUAUGGCCCGGAGAAGGGGCGUGCGAACCAUUCCAUAUCAUUACGGAGGUGUACCUUUACAACGUCGAUCUGAUGCUGGAGAUGACCGAAUUUGUCCGGUAUAUGUGGGGUCUAAUGAAGUAUAACUCAGAGAAAUUUGUCGGCAGACGCGUCGAACUCGUUGUCAAUGUCAAGAUGGCCAAUGACAGUACAACAUACAUCUGGAGUUACUACUUUGUCGAUCACGUCCAACGCAUGCCCUUUUGGAUGGAUAAGUAUAACCCUAGCAAGAACUCGGAUAUGCGUACCACUGAGAGGUUAGGGGCGUCGUCACCUGAUCAUCUGCAUUAUCUCCUGAGCUCCAUGUACUGGGAACACUGUGCACUUUAUGCUUGCCAUGGUGCACUCACACCCUUUCCUGCGCCCGAUAUUCACGAGGAUAUAGUGGCCACACUAGCGUGGUCUGCGGCCGAGUCCACGCUCUCACCACCCCGGUGUACAGCUCCGUACACAGCGGAGGAGGCCGACAAGCUACGCGAAAAGCUUGAUUACCUCCGAGACAAUUGCGCAAAUAGCCCUCACUUCUACGUUUGUGUCGCCGGGAAGGCCUUGAGUACUCUAGAACGAUGGCACUACGAUUUUCUCCACGGAAGUCCAGUCGUGCGGCGUUUCCGCGGGCAGUCGGUCUUACCGCCUCCACCAUCCUUUCGCGGAUACCAUCUAGUCUCACUCCUUUGCUUCUACGUGCCUCUCGAACAAUUCCGCGAAUGUCAGAGCGCAUACCUCGAUGGCGCUGUGGCGAACGAACCAGAAUGGGUCAAAUAUGUGCAGAAACUCCUGAGUACGUGGCAAGGCUGGAUUUCGAAUGCCACCUUCCUCUUGAAUGCGAACCUGGCUUUCCUCGCAGUUAUCCAGGUGGUCGGCGGGUCUAGCGCGGACUCGCCUGCUGGAGCCUUUGAAGACGAGGCAUUAUCGGUGGCCGCGAUCUUCAGUUAUUGCUCUAUUAUGGCCAGCUUCGGUAGCUUGACCAUCAGUUUCGCUCUAAUUCGCCAACAUCGGGGAGAGGAGUUCAUUGAGAACCCUCAUGCGAACAAGAAUGCCUUUAUGGAGAAACGCAAGUUGGCAAGAUUCGGGCUUGAAGGGUUGUCAGUACUUUACAGUCUACCCUGUGUUCUUGUGAUGUGGUCCGUGCUACUGUUUCUAUGCGCAUUCGCUAUCACGGCGCUAUCACGGGGCUCCAGUUGGCCAGCCCGCAUCAUGACCACUCUGUGGCUCAUCAUCAUCUUAGGAGUCGUCGGAUGGUGCAUAGUUUCGGGAUGGGGUUCCUCUCUCGGCUGCGAAAUAUUUCGCUUCAGAAGUAAAGCACCAGGACGGUGGACAAAGCCUCUGACGAAAGUCUUUUUGAUCAUUAUGCGUCGCGCGGCGGGUCGCUUAUGGCGUGGGAUCGUCAAUCUCCGGUACAAUAGUUUCCUCUAA